AUGGAUCCGGUGGUCAACAGCUGCGUGAGGAACCCCCAGCCCCCAGCUCCCGUCUGGGGCUGCCUUCGAAAUCCCCACUCGGAAGGCAGCAGCGCCUCAGGGCUGCCCCAUUACCCACCAACCCCGUUUUCCUUCCACCAAAAGUCCGAUUUCCCAGCGACAGCAGCAUACCCCGACUUCUCUACUUCCUGCCUGGCAGCCACCCCACACAGCCUGCCCCGCGCUGAGCGAAUCUUCAAUGAGCAGCAUCCUGCCUUCCCACAGACCCCUGACUGGCACUUCCCCAUCUCUGAAGCGGGGCAAAGGCUCAACCUAGGCCCAGCUGGGAGCGCCAGAGAGAUGGGGGCUGGCAGCCCCGGCCUGGUGGACGGCACAGGAGGAUUGGGUGAGGACUGCAUGGUGCUUGGGACGAUCGCCCACGAGACGGAGAAGAAAUCAUCCAGAAGGAAAAAAGAGAGGUCAGACAACCCAGAGAAUGGAGGAGGAAAGCCCGAAGGCAGCAGCAAGGCCCGGAAGGAAAGGACGGCUUUCACCAAGGAGCAGCUACGGGAGCUAGAGGCUGAGUUCGCCCACCAUAACUACCUGACCAGGCUCCGUAGAUACGAGAUUGCAGUCAACCUGGACCUUUCAGAGCGGCAGGUCAAAGUGUGGUUCCAGAACCGGAGAAUGAAGUGGAAGCGUGUGAAGGGGGGUCAGCCCGUGUCCCCACAGGAGCAGGACCCAGAGGAUGGAGACUCUGCAGCUUCUCCAAGUUCAGAGUGAGAUGCUCCAAAGACCAAAACCAAGAAAGACUGAACGAACGCCCUUUCUAACUCCCACCACCCACUCCCACCCUCACAUCUUCUGGACCCACCCAGGCAGCCUGCCCACACUCGUACGUAGAUGUGGAGUUGCCCAGUGUGUGGGAGCCUUGAAUUUCCCAGAAGGUUUAGCCCAGCAUCGCCCCAGUCUCAGCAUCCCCUUCCCCAGGGCUUCAACUUUCCACACUCUCUUGAACUCCACAGGACCCAGCGGACUGGGAAACUCUAGAAACAGAACCUGGGACACUCUUUUCUGGGUCUCUUGGCUGCUACCCACACCUACCAUCCCCCUCCUAUAUCAAGGUCUCCUCUGGGUCUGGCCCCAUAUGGCCUGUGCAGAAUCCAUUCCUUGGUACCAGCUGGUGACUUGUGAAAGCAAAACCCUCUCCAGAUGUUCACACCGUUGAGUGGAAGGCCAGAAGGUGGCUCCUGUCUCUAAGGACGGAGAGACUAGCACAAGAGCUGAUGGAUGACGACCUAGACACAUGGACCUCAGGCUGCAGCAUCCUGUGUGCUCUAAGGACUCUGACUGCAAAUGAAGACAGGAAAACAAUCCAUCUUCCUCCAUGGGAUGCAUCUGGACCUGUCCUGCAUGUUCCCCAAAGCUAUUUUGUGGGAAGAACUCCCAGGUUCACACACAUGGGCAGCUCAAAUCUCAGACCCAACUUGUAAGGAUGCCGCUGUGAGGACUGGUGGGCAGACAGCCUUGGGCAGCAGUAUCCUUGGAGGAGACCCCGUAUGCCUCAGUAUUAGAUGGUAGGUCUCGCGGGUCCUGCUGUUGUUGCAGAAGGAGGUCAGCAAGUGUUUGGAUUUCUUGCAUGUAGAUUUGAUUGCCAGUGUUUAAAAAUAACCCCGGUUCUCCACCCCACCCCAUCAAGACAGAAGCUGUGGAAAAUGAUUGUCAAAGGAGAUGGCAAGUUAAAGCAUGUAUCAGUUUCCCCCUAAAGCAUACUUCAUAUGGUUUUUUUUUUUCUAAGAUUAUGUCAAAAAAUUGUGCAAGGUCAAUUCACUUUGUAAGAAAACUCUCGGAGAAAUAAAUCAACCAAAAAAAAAAAAAAAAAAAAAAAGCAGUUUC